AUUCCCUCUGGCCAAAGAUUCGUGUUCCCCUGAAAGUUGUUAGGACUGCCGAAAACAAACUUAGUAACCGCUUCUUCCCCUAUGAUGAGAUUGAAACAGAAGCAGUAUUGGCUAUUGAUGAUGAUAUCAUUAUGCUAACCUCAGAUGAACUCCAGUUUGGCUAUGAGGUUUGGCGUGAGUUCCCGGACAGGUUGGUUGGAUAUCCGGGCCGCCUGCAUCUUUGGGACCAUGAGAUGAACAAAUGGAAGUAUGAAUCAGAAUGGACCAAUGAAGUCUCAAUGGUGCUCACUGGGGCAGCGUUUUAUCACAAGUAUUUCAACUACCUUUACACCUACAAAAUGCCUGGAGACAUCAAGAACUGGGUAGAUGCCCAUAUGAACUGUGAAGAUAUUGCCAUGAAUUUUCUAGUGGCAAAUGUCACUGGCAAAUCAGUCAUUAAGGUGACCCCACGGAAGAAGUUCAAAUGUCCAGAAUGCACAGCAAUUGAUGGGUUAUCACUGGACCAGACACACAUGGUGGAAAGAUCUGAAUGCAUCAAUAAGUUUGCCUCUGUCUUUGGGACCAUGCCUCUGAAAGUGGUGGAGCACCGUGCUGACCCUGUUCUGUACAAAGAUGACUUUCCUGAGAAACUGAAGAGCUUUCCCAAUAUCGGCAGCUUGUAAAGACAGCUGUGAGACAAACCUGAAUGAUGAAAAAGACGGCCGCAAAGGUGCUAUGAGGAAAAUAAGGCCCUGAAGAAAAAAGUCGCUAGAGAGGGGGUAACAUCUGAGGGAGAUGGGAAUUAAUGUUGUAUUCUGGUAUGUUAUCUCCCCUUUACAUUGCACAAAGAUGUAAUGGAAAGCUGAACAACUGCUGCUCUGUUGCUCACACAGGAUAGAAUCUAUUCAUGGGUCCUCCCAUAAAUGUCAAACACACUUUUCUCCAAAGGAGGCUAUGCACCUGGAAGAAUUAAACAGAAUCUCACU